CUGAGAAGUAAAGAUAGAGAAGCGACCUUUCAUCAGCGCGGUUGUGAGAAUGGCCAAUUCAGAAUCAGUAGAGGAGCCGCAGCCGGCUGUUGGUGUUUGUUUCGGUUUGCGAUGCUGGUUUCACACUCGAUCAAGGGUCGUGUCGAAGUUGACUCGAAGAAAAAGAAGAGACGAAAAGGCGGGAUGGCGCGAGAAAAAUGCCCUUUUUGUCAAUGCCGUCAGGGUUUCCAUGGCUUUCUCACCCGACGAAUUGGCCAGGCCGUCAUUGGACGGCGUUCUCCGGUCCCUGGGCCGAAACUGGGACGCAGGAGGGGCAUCCCGCUUGAGCUUUCCUCGAUCGGGACAGUUGCUCCCAUUCUCGCUGCGGAUGGUAUUUCGUCGGAUUGCAGGAUGCAUGUUCUUUCGCAAGAGUGCAAUGAGCCUACCGAGUAGAGGGGUCCGAAAUCCGUUUCGAAGAGUAAUUGACCUGUUGGGCAAUCGAGGAUCUGGUUUGGAGGCCAGGCUGCGGGAUGACGUCCAUGGCUGUCCUCACCUCACGGAUAUCCAAGAUCGCAUCUCAUGCACCGUACCAAGUGCACACGCCAUGGCCCUAAUGUAUUCUCGAGGCACAUUCGAGUGCUAAGGUAGUUGUACUGUACCUGUACAGGAUCCUCUAGAUAGCGCCGAGCCCCUUGAGCUUAGAAAUCAGUCCAUCCACGUCCUCGACCUUGCCG